AGGUUGGUUUCGUUUAUUAAAUUUCCCGAUAGGCUCUAAUCCAAUACCAUUUAAAAGCUGGUAGCACGAAAACCCCCUCAGUUCUGUGCGAAACUGGAAGAGGAGUUGUUUCAGAGUAAAAAUCGUCCAAAUAAAUGAUGUUCAGAAUAUUCGUGGUCGCUGCUGUACUUUGCUGUGUUUUGAUAAAAAUCCGGCAAGUAAAUGCUGGUCCUAAGAAAACGGCUGUAAGAACCUGCUCUGGCGUGCAUCCGCUAUCUAGAGUUGGUUGUGGUUAUCCUGGAAUAUCACAGCAAGAAUGUGAAAGCAAAAAAUGUUGUUGGGACAAUAAAAUUCCAGGUGUAAAAUGGUGUUUCUACCCUGCAGGCCCUGCCUGCUCUUGUGUGCAUCCACGAUCUAGAGUUAGUUGCGGUCAUCCUGGAAUUAAAGAGCGGUCAUGCGCAAGCAAAGGUUGCUGUUGGGAUGUCAGUAACAAAGACGCGAAAUCGUGUUUUUAUCCCGCAGGUCCCGGCUGCUCUAACGUGCAUCCACUAUCUAGAGAAGAGUGCGGUUAUCCUGGAAUUGAAGCAGAGGUUUGUGCCAAGAGAGGAUGUUGUUGGGAUAGCAGUAUCAGAGGUGUAAAAUGGUGCUUUUACCCUCCAGCUAUAAUGAAAGAAUCUAUUUCAUCGGUUAAUCCUACAACUUCAGCAACUGAGCCGACGAAGUGUGCUGUUACUUGUCCCAAAAUAAGACUCCCUCGAGUAUGUGGGUCAGAUGGCAAUACAUACCCGAAUUUCUGUUUACUGAAAGAGACUGCUUGUCAGUUCGACGAAAAAAUCAAGAUUGAUCACCCUGGACCUUGCGCGCCGAAGUGUUCUCAAUAUUGCACACGGGAAUACAAUCCUCAAUGUGGUACAGAUGGCCAGACAUAUGGUAACCCAUGUUUCUUCAAAUAUGUCCAAUGUGAUAGUAAUGGGCAAAUUAGAUUCAAGCAUCAUGGAGCGUGUGGUAGGUAUUGCUCAAAAACUAUAUAGAUCUGGCAAUAUAUUCAAUAAUGCCUAAUUGAUGCAAAAUUUGAUAUGCAUUCCUAUCCAGCAUGCUUACAAAAAACGCUAAAAAAUAUAAUUAUACUGAGUGUGUUUGUAUCAUAAUAGUUUGAAUUUACAUAAAGUAUUUUCACCUUGAAUUACUUGAUCUGAAUGAGGUUCACGGCCACGGCCUGCUGAACUGCACGACUAGACGGCUAAAAAUCACCAUGUUGCAUGAUGCAAAUUGUUAAAAACAGGAAAAACAAUGUUGUACUGCUACCGGCGAACAGCAUUAACAUAACUUUCAUUGUCGUCACAUCAAAUUAUGAUUAAUGCAUAUAUAACAAAUACAGGUGUGGUUUCUACGAAAGUAAUCAAUAUAAAUUCAUAUUUUGUUUUAUGGGUUUUUAAUGCCCUUGUGAUGUCAGUAAAACUCAAACUAUGCAACUUGAUGAUGAAUGCUGAACUUAAAAAGCCUACUUAUAUUUAUUUUUUAGAAUCAUGAAAAAAAGAUUUAAGAUUCUGACACGAUUUUAAGGAUUGUUUGUUUUGCCAUGGAUAUAGAAAUUUCCUAAUUAUUCAAGCGUGUAUUUGAUUAUAUACUGAUGAUAUGCAUGAUGCUAGUUCAAGGUUUAUACUGUGAAGUUUUAUUCUGUCAUAUUAAAUUAGUUUAAUGUUACUUCGAUUCUAUUAAAAUUUCUUCGUUAAUCAUAAAA